GGAGCAAACCGCAGGCAACUCUUCCCAGCUCUUUUCCCAAGGAGUUCUCAAACUGAAAGGCGUCGCUUCCUUCGAGAUUGAAUUUCCGGUGCUUUUGCAAGUUGGUGCAGCUGAUUGGUAUGAUACUGGACUCCUGCAAGCCACAUUUGGUCUUCCGCUUUGUGGGAAGGGGCUGCUGGGGGUGUUUGGUGCAAACACAUUAAUAAUUUUGAAAAUGUUCCUCUAAGACAUAGCUACUGUUCAGCUCCAGUUCUAGGAACUGGUUUUACAAGUACUUCAAUAUAAUUUUUCAAGACAUAUUGGUGCAGAGGUUAGGAGACAAGGAAAAUGAGUACAAACAGCACCCUCUUGGAUCGGAUUGUUUUCUACCCAGUUUUAUGUGAGGGAUGGAAGCAGCAUAUGGAAGGACCAAUCUAUCACCUUGCUGGUUUCUUCCUCCUCCUGGCUUUCAUGGGAGGAAGUGGAACGGUUGGCUGCAUCUUCAUCUUUGGCUUAUUGGCCGUUGGUUUCUUAUGCGCUGCGCUCUGGGGCUGGCUAGAUGCUUGUGGACUGGACAUCUUCACCUGGAACAUGCUCUUAGUUCUGAUCUGUUUGCUUCAGUUGGCUCACCUAGUUUACCAACUCCAUCAACACACCUUCCCUGAAGAAUUCAACAUGCUCUACAAGCAACUGUGCCAGCCUCUGCAAGUGCCACCUCAGGUCUACAAAGAAAUUGUCAAGUGUUGUGAGGAACAGGUUUUGCCACUGGCCAAAGACCAGAACUAUGCUGUGGAGGGCAAGACAUCAAUUGAUCGUCUCUCAUUCUUGUUGUCUGGCAGGGUUAGAGUAAGCCAGGAUGGACAAUUUCUCCAUUAUGUCUUCCCAUAUCAAUUCCUGGAUUCCCCUGAGUGGGAAUCACUGCCCCCUUCUGAAGAGGGAACAUUUCAGGUAACGCUGACAGCAGAGACUGACUGUAGCUUCAUCACUUGGCCAAGGAAGGAUCUCUACUUGCUCCUGGCAAAAGAGCGUUAUAUUGCCCGCCUCUUCUCAGUCCUCCUUGGCUUUGACAUCUCAGAGAAACUGUAUGCCCUGAAUGAAAAGUUUUUUGCUAAAUUUGGCUUGCGGUUUGACAUCCGCCUUCCCAGCCUCUACCAUGUCCUGGGACCUGCCUCUUCUGACAUGGAGGUUGAGAAAGAACCAGAGGAAAGUGUGGGUCCAGCAGCGCCCUCAGGCCAUUUGCCCACAUUUGUCCAGACAGCUCCUGAGGCCCCUUGCACUGUGUCUCCUCCUGCCCCUCCUGCCCAUCUCAGGAGACCUCGGCCUGACAGUGACCUGUCUGGUGAGGAUUCUACCAGUCUUGUAUUGGAAGAUUUUGCUGAGUUGACAGGGUCCUUUAUGGACUAUUUGAGCGAAGGGGAAUAUAUGAAGUGAGGGCACUUCUAACAUGGGCACACAUCACCCUGUGUAACUUCUGGAAGCCUCCUGAGGAGUAAUCGCCAGGCCUCUGCAGAAAGACGAGCCCCUCUGGCUCCUACGCAGACCCCAGAACUCUAGAGAAAGAGUCUCAAAGACCCGCACAUCACCAUAUGGUCACUCAUGGUUGAUCAUAAUGGUGCUCAUUACUUGUGUGUCGACACGUGUAUUGCAUCAGCACCAGCACGGCACACUUGGAAGUGCAUGCAUGAGAAUGAAGUGUGAUGUUGGGACACUUCCCACAGAUUGUUGACCUGCAGUGGCACCAGGCUAUUUCUGAUUGUCUGUAUUCUUGAGCACUUGCCGUAUGGUUCUCCUGUUAGGUUCAUUAAACAUCUUGGAAAUGCUA